CUGCUUCUCUCCUCUCUCUGCAGGGACCUCGACAGGACAAGACUCCGAAGCUACUCCCCCAGCCCAGGACUCCCCUACGGACCCAGCUUUUCCCCCCAGCACUACCACCUGCCACUCCCUGGCCUAUCUCACCGCCCACCCCCCUCGGGGCUCAGGGCAUGGUGUGAAAGGCCAAGUGCUGAGGCUGGCACCAUGGGUGCUGUGCCCUAGCCUGGGUGGCAGGGGGUGGGCAAUCUGUGGGCGUGCCAGGGGGGGCCACUGUGCCCACCCAGUCUCUUGGCGUGCUGGAGGGCAUCCUGGAUGGAAUUAAAGUGAAUGGAACAGAAGCCAAGCAAGGUGGAGUGUGGGUCAGACCCAGAGGAGAACAGUGCCAGGUCACCAGAUGGAAAGCGAAAAAGAAAGAACGGCCAAUGUUCCCUGAAAACCAGCAUGUCAGGGUAUAUCCCUAGUUACCUGGACAAAGACGAGCAGUGUGUCGUGUGUGGGGACAAGGCAACCGGUUAUCACUACCGCUGCAUCACUUGUGAGGGCUGCAAGGGCUUCUUUCGCCGCACAAUCCAGAAGAACCUCCAUCCCACCUACUCCUGCAAGUAUGACAGCUGCUGUGUCAUCGAUAAGAUCACCCGCAACCAGUGCCAGCUGUGCCGCUUUAAGAAGUGCAUCGCCGUGGGCAUGGCCAUGGACUUGGUUCUAGAUGACUCGAAGCGGGUGGCCAAGCGCAAGCUGAUCGAGCAGAACCGGGAGCGGCGGCGGAAGGAGGAGAUGAUCCGAUCACUGCAGCAGCGACCAGAGCCCACUCCGGAAGAGUGGGAUCUGAUCCAUGUUGCCACGGAGGCCCACCGCAGCACAAAUGCCCAAGGCAGCCACUGGAAGCAGAGGCGGAAAUUCCUGCCGGACGACAUUGGCCAGUCACCCAUCGUCUCCAUGCCGGACGGAGACAAGGUGGACCUAGAGGCCUUCAGCGAGUUUACCAAGAUCAUCACCCCGGCCAUCACCCGUGUGGUGGACUUUGCCAAAAAACUGCCCAUGUUCUCCGAGCUGCCUUGCGAAGACCAGAUCAUCCUCCUGAAGGGGUGCUGCAUGGAGAUCAUGUCGCUGCGGGCGGCUGUCCGCUAUGACCCCGAGAGCGACACCCUGACGCUGAGCGGGGAGAUGGCUGUCAAGCGGGAGCAGCUCAAGAAUGGCGGCCUGGGCGUUGUCUCCGACGCCAUCUUUGAAUUGGGCAAGUCACUCUCUGCCUUUAACCUGGACGACACGGAAGUGGCUCUGCUGCAGGCCGUGCUGCUAAUGUCAACAGACCGCUCGGGCCUGCUGUGCGUGGACAAGAUCGAGAAGAGUCAGGAGGCGUACCUGCUGGCGUUCGAGCACUACGUCAACCACCGCAAACACAACAUUCCGCACUUCUGGCCCAAGCUGCUGAUGAAGGUGACUGACCUCCGCAUGAUCGGGGCCUGCCACGCCAGCCGCUUCCUCCACAUGAAAGUCGAGUGCCCCACCGAACUCUUCCCCCCACUCUUCCUCGAGGUCUUUGAGGAUCAGGAAGUCUAAAGCCUCAGGCGGCCAGAGGGUGUGCGGAGCUGGUGGGGAGGAGCCUGGAGAGAAGGGGCAGAGCUGGGGGCUGAGGGAGACCCCCCACACCUCUUCUCUCCUCCCUCUCGUCCUCGGAUAGAUGCAGCUCCCACACACACCCGCACUACCCCGUCCCUCCUCAGAGCCUCCUGCCCUGGCACCGGGCACGCAGAUGAACUUGCCAUGGAAAGGACAGUGUGGGAGGCUGGGAGGGACCGUGGGCCCCAUCCUCCGAGAAGGUAGGGGAAGGAAGGGAGGACUGAGAGUGGACAAGCCAUCUUGACGGUAGGGGACAGGAGUGUGGAGUCGGGGGACAGGCCCUCAGCUCGCCCCUUGCACACACACGAGAGAGAGAGGCCCCGGUCUAGCUCCUUGGCCUAGAUUCCCCCUCAGGCUAAGGGCCUCUCUGCUUCCCCAGAUGCCUGGGUGCGGAGAAAGGCUUGGCUCCUCCCCGGAGGUUAAAAAUUAUAGUCAUUCUAACUGCACUUUGGAAACCAGGCAAGGGGAGAAGAUAAAUGAAGAAAAACUAGACAGAAAAAGAAAAAGAGAGAGCGAGCGAACGAUUGCUAGAGAGAGAGAGAGAGAGAGAGAGAGAUAAUAUUAAGUUAUUAACUGAGGCUGGCCAGAGGGGCGGACCCCCCCUACCACCCCCAUGCACUUUGAGAACUACCCCUCCUCCCCCCAGAUCAGAGAACUGCCCCCCACACAAGGUCCCUAAAGGUAGGGCUGCCGAUCAGAGCUGUGAGUUAACACAACAGGGUCCUGGCCACCCGCCCCUUGCCUUGCCCCUCCCUGUGCCCCUUUGGCACCCCCAUCCCAGUACUUCCUCUGCUCUCUGCCACUCGUGCCCGCUGAGUUCCAUCUACCUCUCACGCUGGAUGCCAGCUGGCCCCUCACCAGCCUGCCCUGCUGCCCACACAGCUCCCCUUUCAAGUGCCCAGCCCCAGGGGCCUCCCCUGUCCGUCCAUCCCCAUCCCCCCACUCCUUCUGCACCUUGGCACCCACACAGGAAAAACUGUGGCUCAAGCUCCCACCCUCCUCACAUCCUGCUGUACCCGCUCCAAUCCAGAUGCUCUGCUCUAGGGCGAGGAGGGUGUGUGCUCGGGGCUGCUCCCAGGGCCUCCGCCCCCUUAGGACUGUUUCCCAUAUGUCUUCUGGGCUCUCCCUAACCUCUGCCCUCCUCCGCCCCGACUCCCGCUUCUACGCACGAACCCAGACUCCGGGUGGGCAGGCACCUAGGAAUGGGAUGCUUAGAUUAAUAGCACUUCGUUGGGGCCCCUGGGGAGGGGGCGGUUGGUGCUCCUCCUUUCUUCUUUGAAGCUCUUUAGGCCAGCCCGCCCCUCCGCCCGGGACCCAUUCCCCCUCCUCUUUUCUCUAAUUCAGGGACUUUGGCUUGAGCCACCUCCCACCUUCGUGGUGAGGAGUGAGUGCUCUGUUGGUCUGCAUUUGGGUCAGUUACCCUCCUCCUCCCCUUGGCUCUCGCCCACUCCGCAGCGGGAGGAUGGAUGGGUGGACAUAGAUGCCCCCGGAAGCCAUGGGGAAUGGGGCAGGGGGGAGGGGUGCCAGGGCUUCCUGCGCUUUGCACUACUGGGGCAAAAAUGUCUUAAGCUGUGGGGAACCUGCCACCCCACCCUGACCCUCAGCCUGCCACAGCCCCCUACACACACACACACACACACACAGACGCACGCACACGCGCACGCACACACACACACAAAGGCAAUGCUAUGCUGCCCAUCAGGGCAUGUCCUUCCCCUGCUGUUCCGGUUUUGGGCAGAGGGGAGGGCCUAGAAGAGCAUCCGCUGUCACCUGUGCUGUCACCUGUGCAUGUGCCUGCCCCGCCCCCUUGGGCACGUGGGCUGCACAUGCUGUCGUUGUCUCUCCCUCUCUCUCUCCUGGGGCUCUGGUUCCUGUAUUCCUCCUGUCCUAUAGGCAAGCCCUCUUGUACCCUCUUCCUACCCCUGGGGGCCCAGUGGAAUUCCUGACCUGUCUGCUGUCUCCCCCGUCCCUCCGGCCCCCCUUCGCCCCCCCAUUCCCCAUUCUCAGCCAUGGACAUGGUGGAGAAAAGGCCUUGAAGAGGCGUGGCCUCUUACAGGCACUUGGGAAUCCCCAGACCCCGCCCCAAUCAUAUGAGCUGUGAUCCCCCACUCCUCCCCUGACCCUUCCCCCUCACUCUGUGAUGUGGGGUGAAUGUGUGCAUUUCUCUGUGUGAAUGUGUGAGCGAGUACAUGUGGUGGGGGAGGAGCUGGGGGGGGGGACUCAGGAGUGCCACAAACCUGCUCUAGAGAGGCAGCUGUCCCAGCCCCUGCUUUGGAAGUGGGGGACAGGGCCCUCUCCUGGGGGCCAUUGGUGCUAAUGAGGGGGAUGGCCUUGACGUGGGUGCUUAGCAUUGCCUCCCCAGUAUUGGCCCAGGGCACUAGGGCAGGCAGGGUGGGGCAGCAGGUGCAGUAUUGGUGGGAGGAGGGGCUGCUGAGAAUAGAAUGAGGGGUCCAGGCCAGGACAAGGGGGUGCCAGAGCCAUGACCACUACCCCACCCCCACCAUCGCCUCUCCAUCUCAGUAUUCCCCGUUCUAUCACUCAUAACACACAUACCUCAUCCAGCCUCCUCCCUGCUCAGACUUGGGGAGGGUGGGGGUGGAGGAGCCCCUAUGCCUUCUCCCGGUGGCGGGUCUACAGGGCUGGGAGAGGGCAGGGCGUGUGACAGACACCGUCCACAGGGACGGUAAUUCCUGCCCUGGGAACUCCUGGGUGGGGGGAGGGGGACACUUCCCUGGAGGCGCUACUGAAUGUAUGAGAAGCUGGUGCUGGGGUGGGGGGGGAGGGGGGUUGUGGCCAGAAACAGGGAAGGAGGCAGUUCCCUUCCCCAGGGGUGGGGCCAGUAGGAGUGACUUGGGGGGCUCCUACUCCUGCCCCAUGUUGACAAUCAGUAUGUCUGUUAUGUGCGAUUUUUCACCCCGUUGUGUUUUGGGUCAGGAUUUUAAAGAAAGAUAUUUUUAUGGUAA